AUGGAUCACCUGGAGGAGGUCCCUGAGCCGGCGAAGGAGGUGUGCACGACCCCCGAAUGCCUCCGCGCCGCCUCCCGCCUCCUCGACCGCAUGGACCGCACCGUCUCCCCCUGCAACGACUUCUACCAGUUCGCCUGCGGGAAUUAUCUGCAUGAGAACGUUGUGCCGGAUGAUUCGCUCUAUCGCUCGGCCAUGCAGGAGAUGCAGGAGGAUGUGCUCGUCAUUAUCAAAAAGAUGCUGGACGCGCCGGCGGGAGACAAUGAGACGGACGCCUUCGGGAAAGCCAAGAGACUCUACCACUCCUGCAUGAACACUAGCUUCACGGUGCACGAGAAGGACAUGGCAGAUUCCCCGAUCUUCGACCUCCUGACGGCGGAGCAGCUGGGGGUGUGGCCUCUGCUCACCCUCGAGUGGGACGAGGACGAGUACGACCUCGAGAGGAUCCUGGCGCAGCUCUCCCUCUACCAGGUGCACACGCUGCUCGACUCGUACAUCACGCCGGACGAAAGGAACUCGACCAUGUACACGCUGCAGUUCUUCAAGGGCUCCCCCGCGCUGGCCCGGAACUACUACCUGAACACGACCAACGAGGAAUACGCCCGCUACCUCGCCGCCUACAGGGCCCUGAUGGAGGAGACGGUGACGGCGCUCUCGCAGGGGCAGCCGCUCAACACGUCCCAUAUAGACGACCUCAUCGCCUUCGAGACUAAGUUCGCUGUGAUUUCCGACAGUCGGAACUGCGGCAGCCUGGGCGGGGGCAACAACUCGUCCGAUUCCCUGGAGGAAGACGAGGGCUCCGGCAGGAUGACGGUGGCGCAGCUCGAGGAGCUCGUGCCCGAGAUCGCGUGGGGCCGGAUGCUGCGCUACACCCUCGAGCAGUACGAGUUGGACCUCGACGUGGAUUCCCUCAUCAUCAGCCUCCACUGCAGCGGAUACAUUCCCGAUCUGGUGAAGCUGCUCUCGGAGACGCCCAAGAAGGUGAUCGUAAACUACCUGCUGUGGAGAUUCGUCCUACGUUAUAUGCCCUACAUCAGUAACUACUUCCAGCAGUUGUGGCAGCAGUUUAGGAGUGAGGUACCCGACCCGACGGAGGAACGCACCUACAUCAGCCGUUGGAAGGAAUGCGCCGCCGUAGUCAACGAGGGGUUCGGUGCCGCCCUCGCUCGGAUGUACGUCGAGAACCACUAUGACCAGAAGAUUUCUCAGGAGAUCGACGACAUGGUGGAGGAGGUACGCACGGCCUUCCACCUCGUGAUUGACCGGCAGGACUGGCUCGAGCAGGAGAUGAAGGAGGUGUGCAGUGACAAGCUCGACAUCAUGGGCAAGAAAAUCGGUUAUCCGGAGUACAUCGAGUCGACUGAGCUGCUGAAUGCGGAGUUCGAGGGGCUCGAAAUCCUCGAGGACCACUUCCUCAACAACAUCUUGAGGAUGAAGAAACAUGAAGUGUGGAAAGAGCUGCAGAAACUAUCGCGUCCUGUUGAUAAGAAGAGAGACUGGAUUAUACAGCCGCUGGUCGUCAACGCUUUCCACAACCCGACUGCCAAUGAAAUCAUUUUGCCACUCGGGAUCCUACGAGAACCCUUCUACAACCCCGGCUAUCCUAUGUAUCUGAACUACGGCAGCCUCGGCGUCGUGGUCGGACAUGAGCUCGUCCACGGCUUCGAUAACAAUGGUAAGCGAUACGAUAAGCACGGGAAUGUGUCCCAGUGGUGGAGCGAGGACAUGGCGGAGCAGUUCACCGAGCGAGCUGCCUGUUUCGUCGAGCAGUACAGCCAGUAUCCGAUCCAGACGGUGGGCAAAAAUGUGGACGGCAACGAGACUCUCGGUGACAACAUCUGUGACAACGCCGGAGUUCUGAACGCCUGGCUGGCAUACACACGCUGGAAAGAGAGGUUUGGCGAAGAACCUUACCUGCCUGGCAUGAACUAUACGGUUCCUCAGGUGUUCUUCAUUACCUUUGCUCAGAUCUGGUGCGAGGUGGUGAGCAAGGAAGGCUAUGAAAAGUACAGCAAGGACACCCACAGCCCAGGCGUCUACCGAGCUAACGGCGUGGCACAGAAUUCCAAGUUCUUCGCAGAGACGUGGGGUUGUCCUGUAGGUUCCCCUAUGAACCCCGAGAAGAAGUGUCACCUGUGGGUUUAGGAGGAGAAGAAGGAGAAGGGAAGAAAGAAAGAGAGAAAGAGAGAGGAAGUGGGGGAAGUAGGUGGGAGAGAAAGAGGGAGAUGGGAGAUGGAGGAAGAGAGAAUUGGUUCUUAUUAAAAUGCCUUUUUUUAUUUAUUUAGGAGGAGGAGAAGGAAAGAGAGAGAUGGGAGAUAAAAAAGAGAAAGACAAUUGGAUCUUAUUAUAUUUCUCCGAGGGAAGAAGUGUCCCAUUUGGAUUUAAAAAUAGAAGAAGAAGGAAAGAGAAAGAAAGAGAAGAUAAAGAAAGAGGGGAAACCGGUUCCUACUGUGUGAGUUGAGAAAGAGAAAGAAAGGAAAUGAGAGAACUGUCGUUUUUUGGUCUCUUUUCUGUAUCACGCGUAGCUUUUGAGAGUGAAAGAAAG